CCCUUUUCUUUUUUUGAUGCACCCUCGAGCCAUUUUAACGAGCCUUUUCUCUCUCGCCAACGAUCUCUCGUAUCUCAAUUUGUUGCGGCCUUCUUUCUUGAGAAACUGUUCUUGCUGAGUUUGUCUGCUAAAAGGAAUAUUUUUGAGAUUUUUGCCUUCUGGGUUUUGGUGUGUAAUAUCGAAUUGGAUAAGGGAAAGAGAACGUUAAUGGCUGGAAUUUGCUGCGGAGUUGUUGGUGAGAGUGACGCAGCUGCUCCAGUAGUUGAAACAAGCUCACGAGCUUCAAGACGGAGUAGAUUGGAACUCCGGCCAUUCAAGGUCGUUGCUGAUGCUGUUGUGCAACCGCCGUUGGAAGAUAGCCGGAAGCGGCAGAAACUCGAUGUUUGUCCUCUUCCACUCGGUUCUGAUGCACCAACGGUCCCUCGUGACUGCGACAACGCAGUAGAGAGUUGCAAACCGAGCGAUGAUGAGUGUAAAGAAAAUGAACAAAAUGAAAAUUCUCAGAAGAAAGAGUACCUGAAUUCAAAUGUAUCAAUGAACGGUAACUCAGAUUCUGCGAAAUCGGAUAAUGAUGUGGCAGAGGAGUCACCGAAAUUUGGCUCUACUUCUGUUUGUGGUAGAAGAAGAGACAUGGAAGACGCAGUUUCGAUACGGACGUCUUUGACUGGUGAUAAAAUUUCUUUCUUCGGUGUAUAUGAUGGUCACGGUUGCUCUCAUGUGGCGAUGAAGUGCAAAGAUCGGCUUCACGAGAUAGUGAAAGAAGAGAUCGAAAGAUUCGAAGAAGUGAAGUGCGUUGAGUGGAAGGAAACGAUGGAGAGAAGCUAUGCGAAGAUGGACAAGGAAGUGGAGUGUUGCAACAACGCAGAUAAGAGCGCUAACUGCCGUUGCGAGCUCCAGACUCCACAGUGCGAUGCGGUUGGAUCAACGGCUGUAGUUGCAGUUGUGACGCCGAGCAAGAUCGUCGUCUCCAAUUGCGGUGACUCCCGCGCCGUGCUCUGCCGCAACGGUGUUGCUAUCCCACUUUCCUCCGAUCAUAAGCCUGAUCGGCCGGAUGAAUUGGUCCGAAUCCAAGACGCCGGCGGCCGCGUAAUUUAUUGGGACGGUGCACGGGUCCUCGGAGUUUUGGCCAUGUCUAGAGCGAUUGGUGAUAACUAUUUGAAACCAUAUGUGAUACCGGACCCGGAGGUGACGGUGACGGAACGGACGGCGGAGGAUGAGUGUUUGAUACUGGCAAGCGAUGGCUUGUGGGACGUAGUAUCAAACGAAACUGCUUGUGGAGUGGCACGUAUGUGUUUGCGGGCACAGAGGCCGCCAUCACCACCUGAAUCACCUGGCAGCGAAGCCAUCGUGGGAAGUGGUGCCGGUGAAAGUUCCGACAAGGCCUGCUCGGAUGCUUCAAUAUUGCUGACGAAGCUGGCCCUGGCCAGGCACAGUACGGACAAUGUCAGCGUCGUGGUUGUUGAUUUAAGAAGGAAUCAACAUAAGCAAGAAUAAUUAGUGUAUAAUGAUAGUAAUUAGAAGAUUAAAAAAAAUGAAAAUAUUUUUUUUUGUUAUAUUUGGCUUUUAAAUACUAAUGAAUUUUGUUGGAGCAGUUUUAGUUUAACUUGAAAUUCUAUAAAAAUAGAAUUUCCUUCUAAGAGAGGGACGUAUUAAGAGUAGAAGAAAAUGGAGGAUUUCUAAUUAUGAUUGGAAGUUGGUUUUUGAAAUUGGUUGUGGGGAAUAUGGUUCUAAAAUAUGUAUAAUUUAGUGGGACCUUUUAUUCCUCAUUUGGUUCAA